AUGGAAGAACCGACAGCUUACACCUCUGUUGAUUAUGGUCGUCCUGAUGUUAUUGUUCUUAUUGCAUUAUUUUUCUUUGAAUCAAUUAUGUUUCCAACUAUAUUCGUGAUGGAUACCGCUAAUCUUGAUCGUCGUACAGCUGGUUUUCUUAUAAUGGAAGUCUUCGGCGAUGCUGUUUUCUCAUCAAUUAAUUAUGGUUUUAGUUGUGCUGAAUCAACAAAUUUCGCUUUGGAACAUUGGAUUGAAUAUGGUAAACAUUGA